AUGGAUGAAAAACUCGCUCUUCAGAUCUGGCACCUGGUCUCGUCUAACCAAGCCUCCGGUCGCCUACGGAAUCUGCGCGUUAUGCCUUUUGGUCAUGAUCAACUCCCCAAAUAUGAACACUGGCUCGUUGAUUGGUUCUCUCGUUCAUUUCUGAUCACACGUUACAAUUUCCACAACGUGGGUGUACCGACUGUCAGCGAGAUUGGAAAAAGAGAAAGGGAGAUACGGAAUCAGUUGCUGUUUCAAGAAAUAGAUGGUAUCUACGUCUCCGAAGAACUACAACAGGUUCUUUCUGAUCUGUGGCCAUCCGAGUCUGGGUAUACUGAAUGGAAGUCGGCUGCAGAAAAAAUCAACACGUUACGCACCGGAUUGACACAAGAAAAGAACCUGCAGAACUAA